CUUGCUUUAAAUGGUGCGCUAGAUCAACGAGCGCGGCUUUUAAGUUAUGGGUGAUCGGCCUGCAGGUUGGGCGUAUAAGACGAGUUCUGGUGUUUAAUCUAUGCAUUUUAUUAUGUAGUUGCGCAUUGUUUUCCAAGAUUUCUGUUUUGUUGUUAAGUCAUGUAACUUCAACUUGCACAAGACAAAUCAUUUGCUGUGAUCUUCUAUCUAUGUAGGUCAACAACAACAUUUGCCAGUGCCCGUCCGGAUACCGCUGUCCAGUAUUCGUGCACAGACAAGGCCUCUCGGAAAUAUUGUCCCUGCCAACGUAAGUGAUAUGUUUUAAGGAAUUGAGGUCUCGUCAACCUUUGUUUUUGUACCGUCUGUAAGACGCCAGAGUUCUCAGUAGGUAGUUUCCGACGUCCCUUAGCUUCCACUUCACAAUCCUUUUAUAGACAAACACUGGGAAUAUUUUGAAGACGUAGGGAGAGUCCUAGCUGCUUAUCUAUAUGCAGAUCAGAUCAUCUUUACAUUUGAUGAUCACAUUAAGUGGUACCUAAUCCGUGGUCUCAUCUAGAAUUGACUAUUCUGUAAGUUCAGAUUUCAUCCGACCAAGUAACCGAAAACUUGUAGAUUCCUAGAUUUGCAUCCAUACGGAUCUGUGUUGCUGGCCGUUGGCAUUCCCUGGAAGUUGUCUGUCUCGACUACACAUCACCAAAUUUCUUAGUCAAUUACCUAGAAAUAACAUGCUUUUUCUCAGCUUUAACAUUCGCAUAGUAGGAACAUGAAUGCCUUACCACGCUACGCAUUUGGCUUGUAUUAUAACACGAAGCUAGAACAACAUUAUAAAUAGGAUCAAUGUCAUAUGCAAUAUACGUGCCUAACGUAUCUUUUUUGACUCAUUGCUAAAACGCACAGUGGCAAUUAAACGUGUCAAUUUUGUCUUAAGGUGUGUUGGAGUGACCUUUUUCACACUUGUGGAUGGUAUUGAACAUAAAGAAAAUUUCUUUGCUUCACUUACGUGAUGUAUUUUACCAAUUCAAAAUUUAAUAUAAACUUUAGACAAAUGCGUCAUAAUUAUCGUUUUUAUUUUUUACCCGACAUAUGGGGUGCGGGCACAGUUGUCUGUUACGAAGUUUAGGCGGUGGGUGGUUAAGAAGGGAUAUUAGUAACAUUGUCUUCUGAUAAGUGUAAUCGUUAGUACUACAACUGUUGGUCCCAAGCGUCCAGUUUCAUUUCUUAUUCUACACAAAACUAAGGUCAAAACUAUUGGUCUAAUGAUUUGAUACUUACAGUGAAUUCUGUGGAAAUAGAAAUCCAUAGAGUGUUUUUGACAUAUCUCACAAAGGUUUUUUUCACAUACCAUCUUAAGAGCAAUGGGUCUUGAAUUACUCGAGCACUUCGAAGUUCCCGAAAUCUCUCAAAGUUCUUUUGGUAAAAAAAGAACUAGUCGGCUCGGAGACCUAAUUUCGGGGUUCAGACUAUGUAAACUUGCAAGACUGCAACUCACUGCGUGAUUUCACUAAACACUUCCUUAAAGGAGCUGCUAUCACUAUCGUGUUCUAUUUAUCUAAGAAAAGCUGUACGAGUCCGAAAUAACUUUUGUAGUGUCUUCAAUUGCGUCCUGAUUACACUGCACCCUCAACUUGGACGAUAUCAGGUGAUAAUCCAUAGAGGUAUCUCGUGAAUAUAUAUAGCCAGGCAGAUCGCUGAUUUAAUAUUCUUGCUGCAACAUCUUAACUAAGCAGAAUGUUCUAUAAAUCCUCUUAAAAUGCUAUUUAGUUAUUAACUGUCAGUAGGUUUUUACCACAAGGAUUCAUAGACUGAUAUUCUAUCCCUUAAAAACUGGUAGUCUUGUUUGGAGAUAAUUUAAGUCAGUUUUCCUCUACGUAACACAGGAUUUUUUAUUACAGAGUUGAGAUGCUGGCAAACUUAACAUCCUUUGGAAAGCAAACAGUUGUUAAUAUUCGGUGUCAUUUCAAAAGGUUCCUUAGUUUCGGAACCCCCUUAUUUAUUCGUUUACGGUUCCCUAGUACUUAUAAUCGUAAGGCAUCUGGUGUAAUAGUUGUAGUGGCUCAACGGUUGUUGAGAAAUAUUUUUGUGCCUCAAUAAUAGACGUGUUUUGAUCAUUAGAUUUCAGGGUUCGGACUUAUCACAUCCUGUUCUGGAUGUUUCACCAGUAUUUAGUUCGUAGCAUGAUUCUUCCUACUGCUCUGAUCAGUAAGACUAUAGUUUAUGAACGGCCUUUGAGCAACGCUUAAAUGACCUUGGAAUGUCCACCUACUUACCGCCCCCAAAUGCCCUGGUACGGCCGAGAGUGGGGAGAGAUCGCUCUCCCUCUCGAAAUGCUCUCACAUGGCCACGCGUAUAUAGCCUCUGCCAGAGAAGUCCUACUCACUGCCUUCUUGUGAUGGGGUGUUGUUUACGAAAUUGGGAGGACGAAAAGCGAAUGUCUGGAGCUUUAACCAGGUUGGUGGACACGUUGAGUCCACCUAGGGGAGUUGGAAAACCCUGAUUCCAAACCAAUGGUGCACAUGGGCUCCAGUAUCCUGAAGGAACAAAUAGCGUAUGAACCAAUCGUUGGUUACCGGCUACCAUGAGAAUGCAUCUUCUCACGAUGCUCCACUGCCUUGUGGAUUAGAUCUUCAGGUCAAAGUCUCCGGGUGUGAUCCCCUAAGAAAACCACCUGCUUCGGUUUGGGCACAUGGGCAGUAUCUCAGCCCUCACACAAAUCAAAUGAAGUGUGGCGCAUAUGUAUCUGGUGCUUUCUUGUACCAAUAUUUGUGUUUAAAUAAAAUAAUACAAAACCUACCUACCAGGGGUAAAUGAAGGUUAUAUAUUAGUGUGUGGAAUUAGCAUUGGGAUUUAGUUGAAUGUUAAGGCUAGGAAUUAGAUUUAAUGCUUUCACGUAAUGACGUCAGCCAUAAUUCCAAAAUGAUAUUUAACGAAAUGAGUGAAUGAAUUUCGUGAUAAAAUCCAAGACGUGCUAUCUUUAAUGUAAUUGAUUUGUCCAUAAAUUAGUCAUCCUUUGAUCAAAUUAAAAUUAAUGACAAGUAAUAAUGUAGAUAAAAUAAAUUCUCUGAUUCUUCUGUGUUAGGAGGUGGCAAACAUAUCCAGUUGUAUGUAGUUGGUAUAUAUUGCGACUGGACUUUCGAUAAGUUUCCAACAGUCUGUCUUUGGUCAUCAUGAUUGAUGGUAUGCCAGCAACACUUCAAGGUAUGUUUUGAGUUGAAGCAUAGGGAUUAAGUGAAACUUUAUCGCUUAUGUGUAUUUGAUAUUGCUAGGUAAUACAAAGUCCAUUCAGAUCUUUUUGGUAUCGAUCAAUGAAGUGCUGAGCGUCUGUACAUUAUCACUAAACCAUCAGUGCUAAAGGGAUACUACGGGAAUUCAUUAUCCAUGGUAUCGUAUGAUUAUAAUCUCACUGCAUUCUCAACUUUGUUUCACUUGCCAUUUUUGAGGCUAAUCUGUUAUUGUGUGCUUAGAGAAAUGCUUACCACAGUUGCAGUAUUAAGGACAAUAAAAGCAUAGAAUCGAAUUUGCCUGAAUAAAAAUUAUAUGAUUUUUCAUAAUUACCUGUGAACUGUAUGAUACAGCGCUAUCCUUUUAUUGCGUCAAAUUAGUGCAAGGCUGAACACAGUAAAUUAUCGGUUACAGUCACUGAGUUUCUGAAGAUCACGAGGGGAAUCCACAAAUAUUUGUACAUAUGAUCAAAUAAGAAAAAUAAUUCAACCCAAACAAUACUGUUUAGUCUUCCUUAUGACUGAUGAGUUAAUUAUUAUCUAUCCUGCUACAACUGAUUUUCUCUAAUCAGUCGACUCAACUGCUAGUCUACUUCCCUAUAAUACAGCUUCUAUGUAGUCGCUAGUUAGAUGCUUGAGCAUUUUAGGGUUUGUUCCUCCCCUUAAUCAUAAUAAUUGUACUAUGGUAUGCGGAACAAGAUAACAUAAAAAGUUCGGAAGACUCAGGUAAAUCAAAGUAUUAAACCUGUCAGCCAACUUAAUAUCGAUAUUACUUACUAAGAUGUUGAUACUUUAGACUAAACAAAUUUACUCACUUUUCUGAAUUGAAGUGUAGUGCAAUAACUGAAUGAAGACUCAUAAUAAGAUAGCUGAGAAAUUUGUGUUGUUCCUUAAAACACAUGAAACAAAACGUCUUAGAAAUUUGUAAAUUCAUGCAUCGGUCCGAGUUGCUAUACUUUAUUCUCAGGAUAAAUAAUUCACUAAAAAUAUUAAGAUCAGCGAAUGACGUAUUUUUUACUAGACUGUUGGUUUGGUCAGCUCAGUGUAGCAUAUUUUAACUAGGUCUAUGAACUUUCGAUAUUUUGACACUACGACUUAGUAACCAAGCACAUAUCCAUGUAAUUGACUUCGAUCCACUUUUUGUAUCAUGGUUAGCGAUGUCACUUGAUUGCUCAAAGUAAAGUAAGUUGAUGAAGUCUGGAAAACGAGAUUGAUUGAAAGCUGGUUUACUUGACAACUAAGCCCCUUUGGGUAUGGCAAAUACGUAUCGAGUUAAUCAACUGAAGGGUGUUAACAGCUUGGUAGUAGGAAAUUAGAUUACUGUCAGUGACAGUUGUUGCUUUUCAUGUACCAGUGUAUUCCUAUCUGUUGACUAUAUUCCCAGAGGUCAAAAGACUUUGAACAAGUCAACCAAUGCUGUUCUUCCGUAACACCUCAUAAGAUCACUUUUUUGAUAUCGUUGUCCACACAUUGUGAAACCUUCCCAUAUAAAAAUGCAGAAAGGAUGGUUAUAUCCCAUUAUUUUCUAUUUAAAAAUUCCAUUUAAAUUUGAAAAAUAACUAUUUCCAUACUUGGUUCAUUCCCGGUGGUACAUUUCUAUAUGACUUCCUUACAUAAUUUUGUUUUAUGAAGGUACCUCGACCACCCAUGGUUAACCAGGUGUACUUGCUUCCUAAAUCUGGGAUAACUAAUAAUGUCCUUCCAAGUGCUCCGAGUGUGAUGCAAGUUAGGAGUUUGGCUGUUGGACAAACUGUACUCCAGCCAAAUGGUGUACUUGCCACCACUCCUGUUAUGCCAAGAGUUGUCACAUCUCAGUCGGGUUCCUCAACUAAACUAGUGGGAUUUUUUAACCAAUUGCUAGAACUAUCGAAGAAUGUCUCAGUUAGCACUCAUAGCUCAGUAGCAACGCUAAUUCAAGCAUUAGUGAAUGGAGAACUUGAUGCCAGUUCGUUCAGUGCACAACUACGUAGCAAUCUUAAAAGUGCCAAUCCUGGUAUGGACCUCGCCCCAUUCAUAAAGGACAACAUAGAUUUACUUAGAAGAGAUCUAGCUAAUGGUGUCUGUCGUCUCCCAAACAUACAACCUCCCCCAAAAGAUAUCUUCACAGGUGUACCCACAGCAGUUCCUGUCUCUAUCGUAACAACAUUAACUACCCUAGGUCUUCAGCCCCGCUCUAAUGCAGCGGUUUCCACAACACUAGUUUCUUCAGCAAUACCCGCUGGUCCUCGUAUUACUCUGCCAACGAAUACAACUCCUCGCAUAGUAGGCACACUCAUGUCAUCAGUUUCAUCGCCAGUUAUUCCAAGUAGUCCUGUCACUGUUCCGACACCCCGAACACAACCCCCACUAUUGGCUCCUGCUCCUCCCCGGACGUGUAUUACAUCUGCCACAAACUAUGAUGCAGCUUCAAGUCUUAACACCGGUGCAAAAUAUCGUUUAGCUCAGUCUUUUAGUGGUGUUUCAUCUUCAGCGUCUGUCGUAUCUAAUGCAACCGCUGCAACAGUGGUCUCGACACGUUUCACAUCGACUAUUAACGGUACGCGUCCAAACUACCAAAACCUACGACCAAUUAUUGCUUCGUCCACUUCCGCAACAUUGGGUAUCAACCUAGCAUCGAUAAAAUCAGUUGCUGGUGUUUCUGCAUCUGUACCCCCUAUAAUUCGUGCUAAAUCUGGAUAUGUUAACACUUAUUCUCCUGGAAUUCUACCCGCUGUUCACAGCAAAGUAGGCUCCAAUCUCCUCUCCUUGAAUGGAUCAGCUGUACUAAUAGAAGGCGUGGACCGAAAACAGAAUGACCUCUCGUUUUUGAGCGACGAUAUCCGUCACCCCCCUAUGUCACCUACACGUGACAAUCCAUUUUUCCCAUCAGAAAAAGUUAAGGAAAUAUUAGAAUCUCAUGGCAUAAAAACACUAACAGAAGAAUCUAUCGUGUGUCUCGCCCACGGUUUGCAAAUAUUCAUCAAAAAUCUUUUAUCAAAGUUGAGGAUUGUAGUAUCACAUCGUCUCGAUCGUUUAGGCGAGGAUUCUCGUUUGGUUCAAACAGAUCACACUCGUGAACAAUUGAGAUUUCUUCAGAAGUUGGAUGAACAUGACCGAAUGAGGCAAUCGGAAUUAGAAAAGGAUCUAAUUUUGAAAGCUGCAAAAUCGCGUUCUCGAAAUGAAGAUCCUCAUCAAAUGCAGAUGAGGGAAAUGGCUCGACGGAUAGCAUCUGAAGAUUAUGAACGUGAGAAGCAACAUCAAGCCAAUCUUACAGCUCUUCACGCUAUCGGCCCACAACGCAAGCGUCGUCUAGAUACUUUAGAUGAAAUGGGAAACCCUAUUUCAACAGAUAUUUUGGGAGCCUCUCUUUCAACACGAGAUGGUGUGACGAAUUUGGUGAGUGCCCUACCUGCUUCUACUGCUAAUCGCCUUUCUAUUGUCAGUGCCAGUCGAUUAGGUUUGGUAACAUCAGGACCUAAUCUAACGCAGCUCAGUUUAGAAGCUUUACCGGCAAAUUCAAGCUCGUUGGUCUCCGGUGUCGGUGGGACUGGUGAUAGCGUGUCAAAUACGUCUGGGUUUUCAAUAGCACUCAGUCUCAGGGCACAUCGUGCAACUCUCAGAGAUAUACAGGUCAUACUUUCUCGCGCACCGAGACUUCGUCGUACACGUACUUACUAUAGGACGUAUUGGCGCUCUCAGCCUUAAGAGUCUUUUCUUUGUUUCUUAUUUUUAUUUUUACAGCGACUUGAUUUCUGAUUGUAAUAUGGUUUAACUAUUUGUUGGCUAAUUUUCCUAAAAUCAUUUACGUUCCCAACCUAACUUGUAUCAUAAAAUCUUUGUACAUUAUGAGUUUUCACACUAGCCUAAUUCGCUAGGCAUCUGGCGUUCUAUAUAUAUAUACCGUAAUAUCUUACUAUUGUAUAAAAUGUGAUGUUAGCUUCAGAUUACUUUUCUCUACUAAAUGUGAGAUUCCAUGUAUUUUUUCAUAAAGCCUGUACAUUUACCAAUUUCAUGUAUACUUCGCUGUACAUAAUUUCCAAUUAUCCUUUUCAGAAAAUAAUAAACCUGUUAUUUCUUUAGUAUUUCACAAA